AUGACCAAAACUGCUCUAAUUACAGGUGCUGCCCAGGGCAUUGGCAAGGCCAUUGCCAUCAAAAUGGCUCACAAUGGUUUCCAAUUGGCGUUGGCUGACUUGCCCCAGCAGAAAGAGAGGGCCCAGGGCGUAUUGAGCGAAAUUCAAAAGAUUCAACCUGGUAACAAGCCUGCCAUAUUUCUCCCUGUUGACGUGUCUGAUAAAAAAUCUGUUUUCGACAUCGUUGACAAGGCUGCAGCGCAUUUCGGAUCUUUUGAUGUUAUGGUCAACAAUGCGGGAAUUGCGACCAUUGCUAAAGUUCUCGAGGCAACACCGGAGGAAUUGGACCGCGUGAUGCGCAUUAACGUCGGCGGUGUUCUGUUUGGAACUCAGGCCGCGACCAAGAAAUUUGUGGAGCUAAACAGAGGCGGCGACUACACGCCUUCCACUGUCAAAACCGCUCAGCAUCGUUUAACAGGAAAAAUUAUCAACUGCAGCUCCAUCGCGGGCAAUGAGGCAAUUGCGUCGUUGUCGCUGUAUUCGGCGUCGAAAUUCGCCGUCAAGGGACUCACUCAAGCCUCGGCCAAGGAAUUGGCUCCACUGGGUAUUACCGUGAACGCCUACGCACCCGGUAUUGUUUUGACUCCAAUGUGGGAUCUCAUUGACCAGAAACUGUCAGAAAUAACCGGAUUGCCUGUGGGCGAAAAUUUGAAGAGACAGAUCGAUGGAAUCGCUUUGAAGCGCGGCGAAACUCCGGAAGAUGUUGCCGGUGUCGUUGCUUUCCUAGCGGGCGAAGACUCCAAUUACGUUACCGGCCAAGCCAUUGCCGUUGACGGCGGAAUCAACUACAAUUAA